AUGAUAAAUCCAGUAAAAUUACCUGUUAGUGAAGUCAUUGUUGACAAAAUUUCUAUUCAAAAACAUCUUUUAAACGAUUAAUGUGAUCCUUAUACUAGAGAUAUACUUAAACAAAAGAAAAAUAUAAAUACUUAUAAUUAAAAAAAAUCAUCUAUUUCUGCAGCUUAGUCUGGAGAGCAUUAUAUGGAAAGAAAAAGCUUUGGACAUAGUCUUGUAGUGGAUCCUUGGGGGGAGGUCUUGUUGGAUAUGGGAGAAGAAGUAGGGGUUGGAGUCGUAGAAAUUGAUUUGGAGAAAAUUUCAGAAGUAAGGAGAGGAUUACCGGCUUUGGAACAUGUUAGGAAUGAUGUUUAUGUUUUAAAGGAGAAAUUAUGA